CCAGCACCCCAUGGCCCCCCAUAGCCCCCCUCACCGCCAGGCCCCGCCCCCGGCCGCCGCCGCCCGUCUCCCCCAGCGGCUCCGCAUGAUGGCGCCGCCGCCGCCUCCCAGCAGCCCCGCGCGGCGCCCGGACCGGGGCGUGGCCCGGCGCCGGAACCGCAUUUCCCAGCAUGCCCCGCGCGGGAGGAAGGGGCGGGGCUUGCCGGCGGCGUUGCCAUGGCGACGGACGGCGCGGAGGCGGCGGGCCGGGGCCGGCUGCGGGGGGAGCCGGGAGGUGCCCCCCCCCCGCACCCACCCCUGGAGGCCACGGGCAGUGACGUCACCCACCAGCCCAACCCCCUGGCUCCCCCAACCCGCGUGGACCCCCAGUCGGGCCUGCUGUGCCGCUGCCUGCCGGGGGGGCCCCCCCCCGAACCCCGCUCCGACUGGGCCCCCCCCCAGGACCCCCCGCGGCGGGGGGACCCUGGCGGGAAUCGGGGCGCCCCACGGCCGCCCCCCAACGCCUGCGGCUCCUCAACACCCUGACGGGCAGGAGCACGUCAUCGAGGCGCGGGGGGCGCAGGCCGGGGGGCUGCUGCGGCAGGCGCUGCCCUGGAACGCCCACGCGGGGGGGUACGCCUGGCGCUGUGGGGGGGCCCCGCUGCACCCCGAGGGGCCCCCCCCGCGCCCCCUCCCCGACGGCUCCCCCCCCACCGUCCUCCUCUACUUCACCGACGACUUCGGCGAGCAGUAGCUGCGCCCUGGGGCGAGGCUGCCCCCCCCACCCCCCCCCGACAGGCGGACGGUGACACCGGGGGGGUCCCCAGGAGGGUCCCCCCCAAUUUUGGGGGCGAACUGUAACUUUUUGAGCAGAAAUAAACCCGGUUUUG